AUGACUUUUCUGUCAGGUAUGUUACAGUUCGAGAGGGAGAACUGUAUUUCCUUCCUUGUUCAACCCACCGUUUUCCCCCGAGUAGGCUACAGCAUCAUCUCGUUCCUCAUGUUCAUCAACACGCUGCUAUCGGUCUUCAACAACACGCUGGUGAUAUCGGUGAUGCUGAAGAACCCUCAGAUCCUCAACGCCAUGAAUGUCAUCAUCCUGAGCCUGGCUGUGUCUGACCUUAUGAUCGCUUGCUGUGGCUCUGCCAUCGUGACACUAACCAACUACAAAGGCUACUUCUUCUUGGGAGAGGAAUUUUGCAUAUUUCAAGGAUUUGCAGUGAACUAUUUUGGUCUGGUCUCCCUGUGCACGUUGACGUUGCUGGCGUACGAGCGCUACCGGGUGGUGUGCAAGCCCAUGGCCGGCUUCAAGCUGAACGUGCGGCGGAGCUGCCAGGGCCUGGCGUGCGUGUGGGUCUACUGCCUGUUCUGGGCCGUGGCUCCGCUCAUGGGCUGGAGCUCGUACGGGCCCGAGGGCGUGCAGACGUCCUGCUCGCUGGGCUGGGAGGAGCGCUCCUGGAGCAACUACAGCUACCUCAUCCUCUACACCGUGCUCUGCUUCCUGUUGCCAACCACCACCAUCAUCUACUGCUACGCCAAGGUCCUCGUCUACCUGAGACAGCUGAACAGGAGUGUGGAGCUGCAGGGGGGCCGGUCGAGCCUGGUGGACAAUGAGCGUGCCGGCCACAUGGUCUUGGCCAUGAUCGUGGCCUUCUUCAUCUGCUGGCUGCCCUACACGGCGCUGUCGGUGGUGGUGGUGGUGGACCCGGAGCUGGAGAUCCCGCCGCUGCUCGCCACCAUGCCCAUGUACUUCGCCAAAACCAGCCCCGUCUACAACCCCCUCAUCUACUUUCUAUCCAACAAACAGUUCCGUGACUGUGCCCUGGAGGUUCUCUCAUGCGGCCGCUAUAUCCCCCAUGGCACCCAGACCGGCAACCUCAUGAUGACGUCCCUCCAUCGCAGCCGGAUCACCAGCGUUCCGAGUAGAAUCCAGCCCGUCUGA